AUGCCUUUCGACAGCGCCGACGACAACAUGUCUCUUUCGAAGCCGAACGGUCUUUCAUCCGCGUCGACAAUUUCCCGCGCCCACGACAAGGCUUUGGGUGGCGCUACGUCCAAGGGAGGCGGUGCCGUAUCAGGCGUGGCGAUGCGCAGCGGCCCUGCCCAGCACUCGAUGGACAUCGACACGCCCAUGACCAAUGGAACGAGCAAGCGCAAGUCUCGAUCAUCAAUCUCAAAGGUGUCAUACGCCGACGCAUCCGAUAGCGAUGGCGAACCUCUGGCCAAGCGCUCGAAGCCUGUCAAGAAGGCUAUUGAAUCCGACUCCGAUGACGAACCCAUAAGCAAGCAACGCAACAGGCUUUCUUCUUCGCGUAGGGAAAAGGCGCUGCCCGAUUCUUCGGACGACGAUGAGCCAUUGGGCAUCAAGCUCGCUCAGAAGAAGGCGCAGAUGGAGAAAAAGGCCGGCAUCGAUGCCAAGCCGAAGGCGCAAAAAAUAACGCCCAAGAAACAUGUGAAGGAGGAAUCCGACGAUGAGUCACUCGCCAAGUCCUCGGCACAAAAACGGCAGUCCAACGGAGCGGCCGCUGCCAGGAGGAAGUCGAACGGCGUCAAGAAGGAAGAAUCGACUUCAAACACACCCAAAUCGAAAAUUACCAAGUCCAAGGCAGCAUCGGCGGCCAAAGACGUCAAGAAGGCCAAGGCCAAGGAGGAAAGCGAAGACGAAGAGUUCCAGUGGUGGAAUGCGCCCAAGCCGGAGGAUGACAGCAUCAAAUGGCAGACUCUCGAGCACAACGGAGUCAUGUUCGCGCCGGAAUAUGAGCCCCUGCCGAAACACAUCCGACUGCUGUAUGACGGAAAGCCCAUCAAUCUCAGCAAGGAGGCGGAAGAGGUGGCCACGUUUUGGGUUGCCAUGAUGACGCCGGCUUCCAUCCAUCAUCUCGACAACCCCGUCUUCCGCAGCAACUUCUUCUCGGAUUUUUCCGACUUCAUCAAGAAGCAUGGGGCCACGGACAUGAAGGGCAACAAGGUUGCGGUAAAGAGCCUUGACAAGUGUGACUUUUCCAAGAUUCAAGAAUUCUGGAUGGCAAGGAUCGAGGCCAACAAGACGAAGAAUCUGUCGAAGCAGGAGAAGGAGGCGGCGAAAGCCAAGAAAGACGAACUUGAGGCUCCCUACAUUACCUGCAUGUGGGAUGGUAGGAAGCAAAAGGUCGGCAACUUCCGCGUCGAACCUCCCAGCCUCUUCCGUGGCCGUGGCGAGCAUCCCAAAACCGGCCGCGUCAAGACCCGCGUUCAUCCGGAGCAGAUCACGAUCAACAUUGGCAAGAACGCCAAGGUGCCGACGCCUCCACCCGGUCACAAGUGGAAGGCGGUUCAACACGACCAGAAAGCAACCUGGCUGGCGAUGUGGCAGGAGAACAUCAACGGAGCCUACAAGUACGUCAUGCUCGGCGCCGCCAGCGAUGUCAAGGGCCAGAGUGAUUUCAAGAAGUUCGAGAAGGCUCGAGAGCUCAAGAAGCACAUUGGCAAGAUCCGCAAGGAUUACACAAGGGAGCUCAAGAGUGAGGUGAUGGCCGAUCGCCAACGAGCGACGGCCAUGUACCUUAUCGACAAGCUCGCCCUCCGAGCCGGCAACGAGAAGGAUACGGAAAACGAGGCAGACACGGUCGGUUGCUGCUCGCUCAAGUACGAACACAUCACUCUGGAGCCUCCAAACAAAGUCACGUUCGACUUCCUGGGCAAGGAUAGCAUCCGGUACAACGAGACGGCCCAAGUGGAUGCUCAAGUUUUCAAGAACCUGAAGCUGUUCAAGAAGGCGCCGAAGAGGGAUGGAGACGAUCUUUUCGAUCGCUUGAACACGUCGCAACUGAACAAGCAUCUGAACAGCUGCAUGCCCGGGCUGACGGCCAAGGUGUUCCGUACCUACAACGCGUCGUUCACCAUGUCGGAGCUGCUGAAGGAUCUGCACAACGACCCGCGCUCCAAGGGAGGGGUGGCCGAGAAGGUGAAGCUCUACAACGACUGCAACCGCAAGGUUGCCAUUCUCUGCAACCACAAGAGGACCGUCGGCGCAGGCCACGAGCAGCAGAUGCAAAAGCUCGGUGACAGGAUCAAGGGUUUGCGCUAUCAGAAAUGGAGACACAAGAAGAUGAUACUAGACAUCGAGCCGACGUUUAAGAAGAAGAAGGGCGCUGCCUGGUUCGAGCUGGACGACGACUUGGACGAGUCUUGGAUACAAGAGCAUCAGCAGUUUUUGAUUGAGGAGCAGCACAGCAAGAUUAGCAAGAAGUUCGAGAAGGACAACGAGAAGCUCAAGGCCAACAAGGAGAAGCCACUGCCGGAGAAGGAGCUCAAGGAACGGCUUCAUGCGAUCAAGGAGCUGGAGCAGAAGUUCAAGAAGGAGAACAAGUCGGGCAAGGUCGAAGCGGAAGGCCGCGGCGCGACGGUGGAUAAAUUCCUCAAGGCCGUCGAGAAGUUUGACGAGCGAAUCAAGACGCUCGAGACCCAGGCGGAGGACCGCGACGGCAACAAGGAAGUCGCCCUCGGCACGUCCAAGAUUAAUUACAUCGAUCCCCGGUUGACGGUUGUCUUCUCCAAGAAGUUUGACGUUCCCAUUGAGAAGUUCUUCUCCAAGACGCUGCGGGACAAGUUCCGCUGGGCCAUCAAGUCCGUGGAGGAUUCCGAUGAUUGGGAAUUUUGA